UCAAUCAAAAAAACAAAUCCAUGGCCCAACACACCCGAGGAGAAAUGUCCCCGGGAAUCUAGAUCCUCCUCCGUCCCCUCCGCCGUGUCUCCUCUCCGUCUCCUCCGCCGGUAUAACCACGUUCCUCCCCCUCCGUUCCUCCCUCCCCGCACCGCAAGUCCAGCCCCGAGCCGCCGCCGAGCACCCCCCUCCACGCCCUGGGGCUUCAGCGGCGGCGCCCCUGAAUUUCGGGCAUUUGUCUCCGAGGGCUUGGAAGCUUCUUGUAUGGUCACUUGCUCGACGCUGAUUGCUGGAAGAUAUUGCCGGGCUUGGAGGGCUUUAAAACUGGUCACGUGCUCGACGCUAAUUGGUGGAAGAGAGGGCGUGGCUCUGAGGUCUGAUAUUUCUCCAAGUACACUGUGAAAGCGUGCCUACUGUUUGUACAUUCUUGACCUGCGACAGAAUGGAGUGCAACAAGGAUGAGGCCCUUAGAGCGAAGCAAAUUGCAGAGAGGAAGUUUGAAUCCAAGGACCUGCAGGGUGCCAAGAAAUUCGCACUCAAGGCCAAGUCUCUCUUUCCGGAUCUCGAGGGCAUUAUGCAGCUGAUCAUCACCUUUGAUGUUUACCUUACCUCAGAACUGAAGGUUGCUGGUGAGAAUGACUAUUACUCUAUCCUCUCUGUGGACACGUCAGCAGAUGAUGAAACAGUGAAGAAGCAGUACAGGAAGUUGGCACUUCUACUCCAUCCUGACAAGAACAAAUCAGUGGGCGCUGAGGGUGCUUUCCAGUUGGUUAAAGAGGCAUGGACUGUGUUAUCUGAUAAAACCAAGAGACUGUUGUAUGAUCAAAAAAGGAAAGUAGUUGUACUACAACAGAAGACAGCCCAAUCAAAUAGGACAAGUGCAACUCAAGGUGCAACCAAUGGCUUUGAGAAUUUCGCAGCCAAAUCACCUGCUUUCAAGCCAAGAGCAAACAAGCCAAAGACAGGGUCAACAACAUCUGCAGCGCGCCAGCGCCCGACCCCACCCCCACAGCGACCGCCUCCUCAUCAUCAGGCUCCUGCUCCUGCUCCACCUCCAGCAAUGAAGGACACAUUUUGGACCUCAUGCAACAAAUGCAAGAUGAAUUUUGAAUAUCUCAGAGUGUAUAUAAAUCAUACUCUUCUCUGCCCUAGCUGCCGCGACCCAUUCCUUGCAAAAGAGGUACCGGUGCCACCAACUGAGGAUGUUCAUGCAGUACGGGGCUCAAACAUCAGUGGUGCACCUCAAGAUGCAAGCACUGGGAGAAAUUUUCAGUGGGGUCCAUUCUCAAGGGCAGCUGGUGCAGCCAGUGCUACUGCAUCAUCAUCUGCUGCUGCUCAAGCUGCUAAUAUGGUUCAUCAGACAUAUGAGAAAGUUAAGAGAGAGAGGGAGGAGGCACAAGCAGUAGCAAGAAGGGAAGAAGCUUUUCAGAGGAAGCACAAUCCUCUAAAAAGGCAAGCAGAUGUGUCAAUGAACCAUGGAAUGGGCGAUACUGCAUUUGGAAAGAAGAUGAGAACUGAUGCUGGAGUUGGUUCAUCCAUUCCCUCAGGUCCAUGGGCCCAAUUUGCUAGAAUGCCAGUUGGAACUAUACCAUUUUCAACCAACAGUGCCUUUGAGUUUCAGAUUGUUAAUGGUGUGCCCACUUGGAAGCCCAGGCCUGUUACUCGGCUCAGCGUAACUAAGAUUUUCUCUAACUCAGAUCUUAAGAGAAUUUUGAUUGACAAGAUGAAGAGCGAUUUGAAGGAGAAGCUAAGUGAGAUACGAAGUAGGCCAAUCCAAGUUACUGUUGAUGGUCCAGCGAGCAAGAAAUAUGUUGAGGUUAGCAAAGCAACAGUUGAUUCUACUGCAAAGAAAGAUGUUUGUGUGGAUCCAGUGGAGAAUGGUUCUGCUAAUAGCAAUGGUUCUGCUGAUAGCACAGCUGCUGGAAAUGAAGAAGAGGACCCUAUGUCUUAUACUGUUCCUGAUCCUGAUUUCCAUGAUUUUGAUAAGGAUCGUACCGAGGAAUGUUUUCAGAGUGAUCAAAUAUGGGCUUCAUACGACGAUGAUGAUGGCAUGCCUCGUUUCUACACAUUUAUUCAGAAAGUUAUCUCCUUGAACCCGUUUAAGGUCAAAAUAAGUUACCUCGAGUCGAAGACGAAUAGUGAAUUUGGACCAUUGAGUUGGGUUUCUUCUGGCUUUGCAAAGACGUGUGGUGAUUUCAGGAUUGCCAAACAUGAAAUCUGUGAUGUGGUCAACAUGUUCUCUCACCAGAUUAAAUGGGAGAAAGGCCCACGUGGGGUGGUCAAAGUUUACCCACGGGAAGGCGAUAUUUGGGCUUUGUACAGAAACUGGUCCCCUGAUUGGGAUGGAGAUACUGCAGAUAAUGUGCUGCAUGUCUAUGAUCUGGUUGAGGUACUGGAUGAUUAUGACGAAGAUCAUGGAAUCUCUGUAAUUCCCUUGGUUAAGGUUACUGGAUUUCGGACAGUUUUUCAGCGUCACCAGAACCGGGACGUCAUCAAGAGGAUUCCAAAAGAGGAGAUGUUUCGGUUUUCACAUCAGGUCCCCUUCUAUAGGUUGUCAGGGGAAGAAGCUCCAAACGUCCCCAAAGAUAGCUAUGAGGUAGACCCAGCUGCAAUUCCUAAGGAACUUCUUCAGGGGAUCACAGAAACAGCGGAGGAGGCAGAAGGAACUUCUAAAUCCAGUUGAGAUGGUUGAUGCUGCGACUCCGUUAUACCUUUGUUGACCUGCCCGCCGUUUUGCAUCAGACAUUUUUUGGCACUAGCUAGUUUCUAUACUAUUUCCUAGCUUCUAUACUUUUGACAGCCUUUGCAUACAAGGGCUGGUCUGGGAUUAGCCAUUCCUGUCUUGUAUGCCAUAUGUCUUGCCGUCUCAUCAAUGAAGCUCAUAAUGUCAGUAAGCGGCAGUCAUUUUGUAUGUCAGAAAAAAGUCUCUUAUAUGUGCUGUUUUACCUUGUCCAAAACUUGGAAAUAUGUGCUGUUUUACCUUGUCCAAAACUUGGAAAUAUGUGCUGUUUUACCUUGUCCAACAACAUGGUAUUGCUGAUAUUGGUACUGUUUUUCUCUUUUGCUUGUC